GGGACGGGGGACUAGAACACCUGAUGCUGGCGCUGUGAACUACUGGGACGAGACACUUAGCGUUUUGUAGUCAAGCACCAGUGAUUUUCUGUUCCUCCAGAGGAAUCCCAAAAAGCAGCUUGUUUCACGGGUCUCAAGGGAACGACAAUUAAAUAACCCUCACAACUAUCAACUGUCAUUUCCCAAACUGCCACAGAAUCUUCUAGGUCCAACAUUCUGUCAUUUCUGAGACGGGAUCAUCUUUUAAAACAUUCUACUUGCUGUUUGAAUAGUAGUAGCAAGGCUAACCAUUCCUCAGGAAGCACUCUAUUUCCAGGGCUUUGAUUUCAUCAGUGCCUAGAGCAAAGCCUUUGGCUGAGACAAGGGAGUCCAAGGCAGGGGAGAGCCUCAGGUCCAACUCACAAUUACAAAUGGGGCUCCUAUUCUAAUGGGUAGCAGCCCACAGCUUUGCCUGAUUCUUGUAAACCUGAAGAGCCAGCAAGGAGAUACUACUGACCCUGUACUUAAAGUGGUGUACUUGGAUCACAAAUUGGAAGACUUUCUUCUCUGACUGAUGUGUUUGAAUCAAAGAUGAAAAACACUCAGUGUGAGUCUACCUUGGCCAACACAAAAUACUUAGAGAAUUCUCAGGCCUACUCCCAGCUGUGGAGGCACCUUUCCCAUCCUUCUUUACAGGGAGUAAAAAAUCCUCCUGAGUAUGGUGAUAGCAUUUCCUGAAAGACUAGAAUGAAUUUUACAGCAGGAAAGACGUGACUAAGAGAAGGGAGAGGGAAGGAAAGAAAAUAGAGUUUUGUUUAAAAAAGAAAAAAAGGAAGAAGAAAUUAAGGCUCCAGGCAUUCUAAAGACUGACAAAAUGUAAGGAUCUAUUUACUGUGUUUUGCAAUGACAAAAAAAAAAAAAAAUCUCCAUUUUGGUUUGACCUGUUUUUGCUGCAUCUAAUGGAAUGUAAUUGUUCCCAACAUACUCCAAAAGGAAGAAGCUAUUCCUCCUUUUAUGAUGGAUGAAAAAUGAAUGGAAUAUAGCUACAAGAUGAAUAAAUAGUCCAGUUAUUUUCGGGUACCUAUUAAAAUGACACAAUCUGAAUGAUUUUUUCCCCCAAUUCAAUGGAUAGCAGGUUCCCAGUGCCGAUUCCGACACUGUGAAGAGGCUCUUGGCAGUGACACUGUAUGCUCAUUAUGGAGAGAGGGAAAAUGUUUAGAUCCACUUUGCAGAUUUAGACACAUGGAAAUGCAGCAAAACUGCAGCAUUUCAUGCUUCUGGGAAACUCAGCCUCUUGGUUGUGUGAAGAUCAGUUGUAUCUUUUAUCACAGCAAACCUCGCAAUAUCAAUGGAUUAUUUUUGCCACCAAGUAGCAAUAUCACACCACAGAAAGAAACUCAGGAAGGAACUCCACCCCCGACCCAGAGUCAGGAACCCCUGAAACCUCAGGAGAAUAUAUCACGACCCAUUCACCAUCCUUUAGUUUUAAAAACUAACUUUGAGGAAGAAGAGGAGGAAGGAGAUGAACAAAAUGAUGCUUCUAGUUUAUGGACAAAGACUCCUGAAGAGAUUGAAGAAAAAAGAGCAAUAAAGGAGAUGUGUUAUAAAUCUGGUGAAUACUACAGAUUUCAUACACCUCCAGAUGUUUCAUCAUCAAAAAGCAUAGCCUCAACAGCAGACAAAGAGUUAGAAAAACCUUUGGAAAAUGGCAGUGAAUUACAAGAAGGGGAUGGUCUUACAGUUCCAACAAAAUUUAGCCUAUUUGAAAGGCAAGGUGAGAUAAAAGCAUCAUUGGAUAGGAAACCAAGGACUGACAUUGCUGCUUUUGAAAAUGGAGGAGGCGACUGUUAUGUUCCACAAAGGAUCAUAUUUCUUGGAGUAGAUGAAAAUGAAACUUUACCUGAAGAAAAGGAAAUCACUAUGUCAAAAUGUUCAAAUACUAAAGAUAACAAGGACAGUCCUCAUCCAAAGCGUUCCCUAACUACCCGACUAGUACCUACAACGCAUGUAUUAAAUGCUACUGAGAAUAUCAGUAUGAAGUGCAGAGAGGACCCCUCUUCAAUGAAUGAUGUCCAGCCAGUGAGGAAGCCUCACUUUAAAGGUGUGAAAAAAAGGAAAUGGAUUUAUGAUGAACCGAAGAAUUUUCCUGGCUCAGGAAUGCGGAGAGCAGUACAGUCCCCAAAUCCCAAAAAUAAAAUGAGUUACCAUCGCAAUAAUAAAAACAGAAAUGCUGAGAAUGCAUCAUAUAUCCAUGUUCAGAGAGAUGUUAUCAGGACUGUCUCACUGAGUGCACCUCCCCGCAGCAGGCCCACAAAUGGGUCCUACAAUAAAGUUGAUGUUAACAAGGAACCCAAACUCAACCUCUGUCCAGAUAAAUAUAUGUCAACAUCAUAUAAUGGUUCAGCCUGGCGAAAAAGAAUUCCUUUUUCAAAAACAUAUUCAAAAACUGAAAAGAUAUAUGCAGAGCCAAGAAGAAAUGGGAGCAAGUAAAUCUGGAGGUUGAGAGAAGAGAAAAAUGAGAAAAGAGAAAAGUGCCAGAUAUCCUCUGAUUUACAAUCAAAAAUGAAAAUUCAAAGAAUGAGAUAUUCAAGUACUCCAUACUAUAUACUGGGUAGCCAAAGAUGAUAAAAUGCAAAUUCUGAAAAUAAGAUGCAGGAAGUACAUUGUGCUCUUUCAAAACUGAUAAAAAUGCAAAUUACAAACA